AUGUCCCACACCCACGGCCCGCAAUGCAUCUGCCAGAUUUGCACAUGCGGCCGCCACCGUUGCCCGCACGAUCGAAACGCCAGUAACCUCAACUUUGGCGACGACUCCAGCGGCUUCCAGCGAAAGGAGUAUGCAGUGGCGGCUGGAGGCGAGCGCAGCCCCGCCAGAAAGCCACGAGGCGAAAUUUCACCCCAAAAUCUUGGAGCCACCGCCGACGCGACGAUGAUGAGCAGAAGCGAAACCCGCGAAGCCUACCAAGCCGCUGAUGGCGACGCCAAAAACCGCUUCGUCACCUCGGCCGCUUUCAAGAAACGAAACCAACAAUCCCAGGUUCGAAUUUUUAUGGGCAUCGUCUUGACAACAGAAAAGAUUUUAUACAGCGACAGGAAAUGU